CAUCACCCAUGUACGUUGAAUACGAGUCAUGGAGUCCGAUUCAUUGAGUAAAAAGCUAAGCCGACGAAAGGCAAAGUAAAGUAAGGUAGAUUCUGGCGCAAGAAACUUUUAUUAAAGUAUUCUCCUUUCUACUGAUACUAAUAGUUCAUCACUUCAUUUCUCUUCCCCAUCGAAAAACUUCGCUAAUCUCUCGCCAAACACACGCACAUUUCUUCCUCUCGGAUCCGCUAAUCGGAUAAGAAUAUGAAGCUUGACACAAGUGGUCUUGAAUCGGCUGCUCCGUUUUUUCGGUCUAGUGAUGUUAUAUUUGAUGGCAUGCAAUUGACCCCUUCGUUUGAGCUCCCUGCCAAGUCAGCAAAUGCUGCUGAAUUUGAUGGAUUUCAAAAAGAGGCCAAAGAUAUGGUGAAGCAUGCGAAGGGAACUACAACUCUUGCUUUUAUUUUCAAACAUGGAGUCAUGGUUGCUGCGGAUUCCCGAGCUAGCAUGGGAGGAUACAUAUCAUCUCAAUCUGUGAAGAAAAUCAUUGAAAUCAAUCCUUAUAUGCUUGGCACCAUGGCUGGUGGAGCUGCUGACUGCCAAUUUUGGCACCGUAACUUGGGCAUCAAGUGCAGGUUACAUGAACUUGCAAACAAGCGAAGAAUAUCUGUUACGGGUGCAUCAAAAUUGCUAGCCAAUAUUUUGUAUAAUUACCGAGGCAUGGGUCUUUCUGUUGGUACGAUGAUUGCAGGAUGGGAUGAAACGGGGCCUGGUUUGUAUUAUGUGGACAGUGAAGGAGGAAGGCUCAAAGGAAUGCGGUUCUCUGUUGGAUCUGGUUCACCAUAUGCCUAUGGUGUUCUUGACCACGGUUACCGAUAUGAUAUGACUGUGGAAGAAGCAGCGGAGCUAGCCAGAAGAGCUAUUUACCAUGCCACAUUCCGUGAUGGAGCAAGUGGUGGAGUCGUUAGUGUUUAUCAUGUCGGGCCUGAUGGAUGGAAGAAAUUAACUGGAGAUGAUGUUGGGGAACUCCACUUCCAAUAUUACCCAGUCGUGCCUGCGACUGCAGUAGAGCAGGAAAUGGGUGAAGUAGCUGGAGCUUGAUAAUGGGAUUGAAGGAUAUGUUUCUUGUUGUAGCAGCAACUACAAAUGAUAAAACGUUUUAAAUUGUGGGGCCUAACAAGGUGAAAGCAAAGCCCAUGUGAUCUUCUGUGCUCACUUAAACCGAACCAGUUGUCUGUUAAUUUGUACUGCUAGACUAUUCCUUCUGAGUUUGUAGCCAUAGAUUCAGUGAACUGAUUCGACUUUUGAUUGAUGCUUAGUCUGGAUGCUUUAAGAUGUUACUUCCGGAUUCAUCUAUAGUUAACUUUCUUACAUUAUGUCCUAAAUUUAUCAAAAA